AUGCAUGCACCGACGCAGAACAUGUGUCUUAUCUUCUUUGUUAUUCUUGCGAUCUCCAGUCAGGCUUAUGCCUUUGGCGCUGGAAAUAUCGCCUCGCUCUCAAAGAUUGAAGGACAAAACUGGCGACAUGGAGAUAUCGAAGAUGCGUUAUUGACUUUAUUCUUGGCCCGUGUAGCCGGAGGACGGAAAUUCAGCAAGCUGGAUGUGAAGCGAGUGUACUUUGGCAACUGGCUACGAGAUUACAGUCAAGCUGUUGACGUCGGGACUGUGAAAUAUGUGAGCGCAGAAGCUAUCCGUAUUCUGAUUUGGGUUCUAGGAUUCAUGACUUUCGGUUACGGUACUGGCGAAUUUGAGGUCACUACGGAGCGACUUGGCUGUUACCAACCGACGGAACAUAUUGAUAAUCCCCUCGGAUAUGCGGAAGGCGAAGAUGCGCGCAAUUAUGACCAUCGUCUGCGUGGACCUGUGGACGAGGAACGUGAAUUAUCCAUUGAUCCACGUACAGGUCUGAAAUGCUACAUUGCCUCUGAAGAUAUGGGAAUUGACACAUCCGCAAACCUCAUUCGUCGUGUUCUCGGUCAUUCCAUCCAGCUUGGUCGUCGCUAUGCCCGUUCUGGCCGUGAAGAGGACCUUUAUGAGGCUCUUCGAUUACUUGGAACGGGCUUACACUGCUUGGAAGACUAUGCCGCCCACUCCAACUACACCGAACUGAGUCUCAUUGAGCUUGGUGAGAGAGAUGUCUUCCCACAUGUUGGCCGGAAUACAAUGCUGGAAGUCUCAGGUGCGCGAGAUUAUGUCUAUCCCAUCGUGACUGGAACCUUUGGUGGAGUUGAUUUCUUCCACUCCGUACUCGGCGAGUUCUCUGACAAAGCCAAGCAAUCUGAGAUACAGUCGUUGGAGGGUGUGAUUGCCGAAUCUGAGAAUGACGACUCAUCCGAGAGCAUACUACAGGGACUGCUGAGCAAGAUACCCAGUGGGUUAUUCGGUGGUAGUGAUACUUCAUCAAGCCAGAUGGAUGAUUUCAAGGCAAAAGCCGACGAGGCGAAGCAUAACGCAUCUAAUAUCUCUCCCCGGGAACCAGAGGAAUGGGCUCGUUAUCUUGACGAUGUCCAGAAACAGGUCUAUCCCGUCUUGGAAUGGCACGACCACCUACUGAAAUCAAUCAACGAGGCAAUUGAGAAGAUCCCCGUUCUCCCAGACCUGAUUGAGCAGGUCCAGGAUGAGAUCACCGUCUUUGUCUUUUCUGUUCUCGCUCCGUAUGUUCUGCCUAUCAUCCAGCAAGUCAAAUCGGAGUUAGAGACUGGUUCCUCGGAGGUCAUUCAGAGUAGUCGGCAGCAACAGCAUAUCGUGUUCAACGAUGACUCCUCCUCCAACCCUACUCAUUCAAUGCUUUCAAAGGAUCAUUUCUCGAAUGUGCUCAACGAGCCAGCUGGGCGGAUUGCUUCUAAUGUUGUCAAAUGGACAGUGCCCCAGCUUAUGCAAUGCUGGGAUGAUGAGGAUGCAGAUAUCGACCGGGUAUUGACUAGAAUCAUUUCCGGUGUCUUUCACCACCCCGCACUACGAGAAUACGGAGAUGACGGCGCGAACGAAAUUCGUCACAUCAUGUUCUCCACGGUGGAACAGUGGUGGAGUGAGCACAGCGAUGAGGCGCGUGAUUAUCUGCGCGAACAGUUGAGCCGGGAUGGUGUCUUGGAGGGCAAGAACCAUAAAGAAGGUGUAGAGGAUUGUGGCCAUGGUUGUGGAAAACCCCUAGCCCUACCCAAGAUCAAGAACAAUUCCGGUGGAGACUCGCAGCCUGAGAAUUUCGAUAUCCAGAAUAUCGCCUCGGAAGCAUUGGGCGGCGGAGCCCUGGGAGGGUUGCUUGGAGGUAUUGUGGGUGGCAUGAGCUCUAUGGCUUUGAACAAGGAUGAGGACAGUGGUCGAGAAGGCUCUCAAGAUGAGGAUGAUGCCAGCGAUUCUGGAAGAGAACAUUCGCAUAGACAUCGACACAAGCACCAUCAUUCGCACGAGGAUGAUCAGCCUUCGCAAGAUGACUAUUCCCAACCAGAAUACAACCCGGAACCCCCUGCCGUGGAGAGUUAUCAUCGUGAGGAGUACCAGAGUUACCGACAAGAGGAAAAUGGAAGUUACUACCACGAAGAGCGACGGGAGUACUAUGAAAGCACUGAGACGGAAUACGUGGAGACGCAAUCUCGCUAUGAUUAUGGUCCUCCACCACCUGCCUUCCCACCCAUUGAACAAAGCAGCUACGGACACGAAGGAUUUGGACAGUAA